UUUUACAACAUUGCUUACCUGUCACUGCCAAGUCACAAAACACAACUUAAAUAAUCUGACUUGGAAAACUUAAAUAAUCUGACUAGGAAAAGAAAACAAAAAUAAAAAUAAAAAGAUUAAGAAAACAAAACUAACGAUUAGAUGAAAUUCAGAACAUAAGCAGAUUUAGGGGUUUUGUAGAAAGAAGAAUAUUACUCUCACACACCGGAGGCGGAGGUGGAGGCGGAGACGGAGGCAAACGGCAGAGGGCAGAGGCGGAGGCAGAGGGCAGAGGGCAGAGGGCGGAGGCGGAGGCAGAGGGCAGAGGGCAGAGGCGGAGGCAGAGACGCUCACUUUCUUCUCCCCGCCGUCGCACAUCGUCGAAAAAUGGGAUUACGACAGAGAAGUAAUUGCUAAACUUGAAGAUCCUGCUGUGAGUUAGUACUGUGCUUUACGCUUAUUACAGACACAUGGAAGAAGAAAUAACUAGUGCUUCUAGGUUUGUAGAGUUGAAUGAGCACAAUAGUGAUAAUAAAAUGAAGGAUACGGUGGAUCUGAAAAAUAAUGAGUUGAAUGAAGAUAGUGUUGAGAAUGAAAAAGAGGAAACAAGAAAGGUAGAAGAUAAAGUGGAGGAUCCUUGUGUAGGAAUGUUGUUUGGUUCCAUUGACAAUAUCAUGGAAUAUUUUACAAGGUAUGGUAAUAAAAAGGGUUUUGCAGUGGUUAAAAGAACAUCUAGAAAGGGACAUAAUGGGGAGGUGGAGUCUUUGACUAUAGCUUGUAAUCGUGCUGGAAAGCAACAGAUUAAAGCUAGCAACUCACUUAAAGCGCAGCCACAAUCGAAAACAGGUUGCAAAGCUCAUUUUAAUAUGAUUCGAUGCUUAGAUGGGUGGAUAUUGAAAUCCAUGGAACUUGACCAUAACCAUGGAUUAAGUCCAAGCAAAACCCGAUUUUAUAAAUGCAACAGAGUAUUAAAACCACAUGUGAAAAGACAACUUGAGUUGAAUGCCAAAGCUGGUAUUAAAAUGAACAAGAGUUUCAAUUCAUUGGUGGUUGAGGCAGGGGGGCAUGAAAACUUGCCAUUUCUAGAGAAAGAUUGUAGAAACCACAUGGAUAAAGUCAAGCGUUUGGAGCUCGGGGAAGGAGAUGCUGUAGCAAUGAAUAAGUACUUUUUAAAAAUGCAAGCUGACAAUUCAAAUUUCUUUUACACGAUGGAUUUUACUGAAGAUGGUCGAUUAAAGAAUGUAUUUUGGGCAGACGCAAGAAGUAGGGAAGCAUUUAAAGAGUUUGGUGAUGUGGUUACAUUUGACACAACGUACUUGGUUAACAAAUACAACAUGCCAUUUGCUCCUUUUGUUGGGGUAAACCAUCAUGGACAAUCGAUAUUGCUAGGAUGUGGAUUGAUUUCAGGUGAAGAUACAGAUACAUUUAGAUGGCUAUUUGAGUCUUGGCUUACAUGUAUGUCUGGAGUUCCUCCUAGUGCAAUAAUUACAGAUCAAGACAAGGCCAUGAAAAAAGCAAUACAGAUUGUUUUUCCAAAAGCACGACACCGAUGGUGCUUGUGGCAUAUCUUGAAAAAGUUGCCUGAAAAAUUUAAAGGAUAUAGAGAAUAUAAAUCAAUCAAAUUUUGUUUGAAAAAUGUUGUUUAUGAUUCCUUAACAAAAGAGGAAUUUGAAGAAAGGUGGGGUAGGUUCAUUGAAAAAUAUCAUCUUGAAAGCCAUGAAUGGUUACUUGAGUUGUAUAAUGAAAGGUAUUAUUGGGUGCCUGCUUUUGUGAAGGAUACAUUCUGGGCAGGAAUGUCAACCACACAGCGGAGUGAAAGCAUAAAUGCAUUCUUUGAUGGGUAUGUACAUCAUCAAACAACCUUGAAAGAAUUUGUAGAACAAUAUGAUAAGGCUUUGGCAAAAAAUGUGGUAAAUGAAAAUACUGAAGAUUUCAAUUCAUUUCAGUCAUCCAUACCAUGUUUUACUCAUUAUGCUAUGGAGAAACAAUUUCAAAGUGUUUACACAACAUCAAAAUACAAAGAGUUUCGAAAAGAGUUACUAGGGAAGGUUUGUUGUAAUUUUUCUUCAUGUAAGGAAGAUGGUGUCAUUUCAGAAUACGAAAUACGUGAAGAUGGAGCAUUUGGAGAAAAUUCCCAGCAUGCAACCUUCCUUGUUUAUUUUAACAAGGAUACCAAUGAAGUAAAUUGUAAUUGUCGGUUUUUUGAAUUUAGGGGAAUAUUGUGUAGGCAUCAAAUUACGGUGCUCUUUCACAUGAAGAUUGAUCAGGUACCAAACAAGUACAUCUUGAAAAGAUGGUGCAAAAAUAUUAAGAGGAGCCACACCAAAGUUCGCAUCAACUAUGACAAUCGGCUUGUCAAACCUGAAACACAACGCUUUGAUAAAAUGUACAAAGCCUUCAAUGAGGUUGCAGACUUGGCAAUAGAUUCUGAAGAUAAGUGUGAGAAGGUGGUGGCACGAAUUCUUGAAUUAAAAGGAGAGUUCAAACAAGAAAAACUUGUUUGUGGAAGUAAUGAACCCAUUUCUACAGGUAUUCCUACAGAUUCAACCUCAUGUGGAGAUGAUCUUGCAAUUUCUAAAGAGACUAAAAACAUACUUGAUCCAGUAGUGGUUAGACAAAAGGGACGACCACCAUCUAAAAGGAAGCAGUCAAUAGUUGAGAAAGUUGUUAGAAAAAAGGAGGAAAGGAAAAAGAAAAAGAAAACCAAAAUGGCUACUAAGGUUGAGAAUGUGUCUUGUACAACCCCUACUAUGGGAUUGAGGGUGCUUGGAGUACAAAAGAGUUUUAACUUAAAUGAGUUGGAACUGCAACAAUCACAACAGAUUGGUAAAGAGAGUUAUAAAGAAUCCAUCAUGUGGCCAAACAUUAAUUGCCCUCCUAAUAUCAUCGGGAUGAGUCCAUAUUAUGGGCUGCCAAAUAUGCUACAAGGAGGAAACUAGCCAUUUCAGUCAAGUAUGAUAAGACAAGUGGUUGGAAUGCAACCAUUUAGUUACCAUGAAAACACAU